CUCUUGAGGGGAAAAGGCUGAUGGGUGGUGUAAAUACGUGAGGUGAAGGUUUGGAAAAAUCAAAUUAAGUGCUCGAACUAAAGCCAGAAUAUGUUUUAUCCUGCUCGCUGAAUGUUUAUUGCAGCUCUACAACAUAUGGCCAGUACACAGUAUUGUGCAAUAUUGUGCACACUCAGUUAAAGGACCAUUAAAGGACCAAAGUCUACACGUGCAAACGCAGAGUUGUGUAAGUCCCUUCCUAAUGACCUACAGAGGGCGUACUCUUCUUGUUGUGAAACGUGCUGCGUUCACGUUCUCCUCGUUAGCUUCCCUUUUAGUAUUUCGUUCAAGUUCAAAAUAUGAUUUUAAAACACAUUUUCAGCGCUUAUAUAGAUAAAAUGAUUAAAGAUCACUUAUAUUCCUCCGAAAAGUCAAUUGUCAGCAAAUUCCCUUGCUAUCUUGCCCGAAACAGUACGAAAGUACGAUGUUUCGGGUCGACUUGAAAGCAGCAAACACGACUACUCUCCAUUCGCCGGCAGUGUUAUGUAAUUUACCUGUCAUGGCUGCCCCCAUCGCGCUCAUUCAAGGGGCCAGCAGAGGACUGGGGCUUGAAUUCUGCAAACAUAUCUUGAAAAGCAAAACCCCCGCUGCCGUUAUAGCGACAUGCCGAAACCCGGAUGGAGCGGCCGAGCUGCGGGGCCUGGCCGGCCAACACCCGGGCAGACUGACGGUCCUCAGGCUGGACGUGAACCGGGAGGAGGACAUCCGCGGAGCUGCGGAUCGGGUUAAGGACAGCUUCGGUCGGCUGGAUCUGAUCGUCAACUCCUCGGCGAUGCUUCACCCCUCCGGAAAAGGAGAGACCAGCCUGAGAGAUGUUUCUGCUCAGGGCAUCAUUUCCACCUUGACGACCAACACAGUGGGUCCUCUUGUCAUGGCCAAGUAUUUUGCCCCCCUCCUUCAGAAGGGUGGAGGUGGUUUCGGUCAACAGCCUGCAGAGAAAGCCAAACAGCACAGUGGCAUCAUCGUCAACAUCACCGCCAAAGUGGGAUCCAUUGGCGACAACGGUCUUGGUGGUUGGUACAGCUACAGAAUGUCUAAAGCAGCUCUAAACAUGGCUACCAGGAACCUGUCUAUAGAGCUGGGCCGCAGUCGACCCAAGGUGGUGUGUGUGUCCUUACAUCCAGGAACAGUCAACACAGACCUCUCACGGCCAUAUCACAGGAAUGUGCCAAAAGACAAGUUGUUCGGUCCCGAUCGCUCUGUGAACUGUCUGAUGAGCAUCAUAGACACACUGAAUAUUGAAAAGACUGGCAAGGCGUACAACUGGGAUGGGACUGAACUUCCAUGGUAGACUCAAUAAAUGCACAAGGAAAGAGAAUAAUUUACUCACCUCUAUUCUUGAUGUUACAUCUCUCUGCAAUAAGCUGGACUUUAUACUGAAAAGUAUAAGCUAGUGCUGUACAGGAGGUUCCUGGUGGAGUCACAGUCUAAACAGUCCAAGAGAAACUUCUUCCACUACCUCACAACCAGCCAAAGUGCUUAAAUCACCUCUAACACUUAACAAAUAAUAAUGCCAUCACAUAAAGGCCUUCUGUGCCCUUAAGAGUUGACGCAAUUGUAACUAUACUAAUUAUCUCAUGUAGUGUGCAGAGGGCACAUUUUGGUGGUAGAAAUAGUGUAAUACUAUCAUAGUAAUUUUUUUGCAGUAUCAGCUAAAGCUAAAGGGUAGGUAAUGUAUUUCAGAAGCAUUAUUAAUUAUAUUUGUUGAAAUUCUCUUUACAUCCAACAGCAAACAAUAAAUUAAAUGCUCUGAAACAUUUUUGUAAAAAACAAAUCCGGUACCUGUGGCUGUCACAGGCCUGUAAUAAGCCCAUCCAAUUAUUUCAUUCAUCAAUUGGUGUCCUACCUGCCUGCGCGCACUCUGCCGGUGCACUCAUUACGCAUGAAAAUGUAUUUUGGAGGGAGGCCUGAAGGGAGGGGGUGGGAUUUUUCUGUUGGAUACUUUCAAAAUCUAGCUGUCUCUUAGUUUCUCCAACACUACCUACCUUAGCUUUAAUAUCACCAAGUGGUUUAUGUUACAGGAAUAGUUUGACAUUUGGGGAGAUAACACUCACUUUCUCGCCGAGAGAUAGAUCUAACUCAGCAAGAAAGCAUUUAUUAAUAAAAGCCCAUUUCCCAAAAUGUCUAACUAUUCCUUUAAGUGUGAUGUCUAAAAACAAUUUCAGGUAUUCUUUGUUGUGUUUCAUAGCUUAUUGUUGAAUAAAAUCAGUGUGUCAUGA